AUUACGCACACAUAUAUACUAUACAUAUAGAGAUAAAAAGAGAAAGAUACGCUUCAUUUAUCCUUUUUUUCUAGAAUUCCCAUGAAAGAAAGAUUCACGUAUUGAUCAUUUUCUAGAAUUCCCAUGAAAGACUCAUCUGUUGUUGUUCGGCGUAAAAGGAGCAACAAGAUCAAGCUUCUCGUCAGCUUCAAUGGCGCAUUCCGUCGCCAACCGCCGGCCGGGAAACUGCGGUACACCGGAGGAGAGACAAAGAUUAUAUCGGUCGACAGGAACGUGAGCUUUUCCAGACUGAAAGCCAGAGUAUCGGAUCUUGUGAUGCAAUCCAAUGGAGUCUCCGUGACGUCGCCGUUUUGGAUGAAGUGCCAUCUCACGGAUUCGCGCGAGGAAACGCCUCUGAUCUCAGUUUCAUCGGACCAGGAUGUUCGGUCCAUGGUUGAGGAGCUGGAGCGCCUCGAGUUUUUGGGUAAGUCCUCUAGGCUUUGGGUUUUUGUGUGCUUUGCCUUUGAUUGUUACGCUUCUGAUAACGGAUUUGUUCAAAAGGGGGUUUCCAGGGAGGGUUUGGGUUUGGGGGGCGAAAAUUUGAUGACACCUAAAAAAGGUAAGAAGCUUAGUGAUAAUUCUUUGAGAAAAUUAGUGUUGAAGCAGCAAUUGUUAGGGAAGAGACCGGAUAGAAUUAGGUGUUUCAAGGCUGAUAUUGAGAAUGGGAGUAGUGAGCCUCCAGUUAUAGAUAUAAGCUCUUCCAUUGUUAGAAGUUUUAGUCCAGGUAGUGAAUUUUAUAGGGUGAAUGUGUUGGAUUAUGAAUAUAGGAAUGGGCAUUUGGUAGAGACUGGGAAUUUUAAGAAAGUUUCACUGUCAUCCGGGUCAAAAUCUCAGGCAUUGAAUCCAAAGAAUGGGAACUUAAUAACAGGGUUGAAUUGUAUGUCGAAUGGUUUCUCGGGGCAGGCUCACUUGAUUUUUGAGAAAGGAGAUGGUGAUAGUAGGUCUCUUGUGUCUGAUAUGGGGGUGGAUGCAGUGUUGUGUAAUGUCAAUAGGGAGAAUAUUAUGCCUUUUAGUGUAAAGAGCAAUGUGGAACGUAAUAGAUUUUCAUCGGUUUCUAGUAGCCAUCAGUUAAACGGAAGUGGCAAUCCACCUGCUCAGGGGAGUCGGAGAGUAUUGGUUGGAGAUCACGGAUGCAUACGUUAUCAUCAUUUUGGUUCAAGUGAGACUAGGAACUUUAGGGUUCAUCCUUAUCAAACUAGAACUCAAGAUAUUUUCAGUGAAACGGAAAAUUUUGACAAUUUUGGAUUGGAUGGAAGACCGUAUAUUGGAAAGUAUUACACAGGAAUGAGGUCGAGUAAAAACAUCUCGAAACAGUGGUCUAUUUCACAUCAACAAAGAAUUAAGGAUGCGGAAGGAAAGAUGAACUGUGAACAUGAUGAAUACAGAAGUGGUCAAGUCUUAGUGAAGCGGAAUGGGCAAGAACAUGUAUAUGGAAAUAAAAAAUGUCAUUUUGCUCAUGACAGCAUGGUUAAUGACUCUUUAUUGCCAGUGGAUGACUAUUCUGGGGCUACUAGUUCUAAGUUAGAUUUUUCGCAUAUUCCUAAAACCAAGACACAUGAACUUCAACUUCAAAGUUUCCUUCCAGAUGUCCUUGGAAUUCCUAUGAAUUGUGAAUCAAUUUCUGGUAUGUGCAACAAUGCUGACUUGAUGAACCAACAAGAGGUUAUUAACAUAAGCAGUUUCCUGGAUAAUCCAUGUAAUACUAGUAUAAGAGAGUUGAGCUGCAAUUGUAAGUUUUUGGAUAUAGGGGCAAGGUGCGAGCCCUUCAAUGUUUUUCAGAAUGGCACUGCACAGGAGAAUGCCACAUCUGCUAUUGAUGUGUCCCUCAACAAUCUGUCAUUGUCAUCAUCUAUAAAUGUGGAACUGCCAAGUUCUUCCCCUGCAAGAAGUGACAUUACAAAAUCCUCGGUGAAGACUCAAUCAAAGGAUAUGGAUCCAAUGGAUGAAGAAGACCUGAGUUCAGGCCCACCACUCGAAGGAUCAAAUGGAGCUUCUUCUAACUCAUUGGUUAAUAAUGCUUCUCAGAAGCUAAACAAUGAUAUAGAGGACAAAUCCCCAACUGCUUUAAGCACUGAUGAAAAGCAGGAUGAUAAUGGGGAGACAAACAAAUGUGCAAAGACAAAUGGUGCAGUUCCUGCUAAUGUUGUUCUAUACUGCACUCAUGUGGGUAACAGGGGGCUUCAGAGGAUUAACAAGUCUGAACUUGAAUAUGUCAAGGAACUUGGAUCAGGAACUUAUGGAACUGUUUAUCAUGGAAAAUGGAAGGGUUCUGAUGUUGCAAUUAAAAGGCUAAAGCCAAGCUGCUUCACUGAAGGUACAGUGGAGGACCGAUUGGUUGCAGACUUCUGGAAGGAAGCUCACAUAUUAGGUCGACUUCAUCAUCCGAACAUAGUGGCAUUGUAUGGUGUAGUUACAGAUGGUCCCACGAACAAUUUGGCAACAGUAACCGAGUACAUGGUGAAUGGCUCUCUUAAACAAGUUUUGCGAAAGAGAGAUAGAACCAUUGAUUGUCGGAAGCGAUUGAUAAUAGCAAUGGAUGCAGCUUUCGGUAUGGAAUAUUUGCACCAAAAGAAUGUUGUCCACUUUGAUUUGAAGUCUCACAACUUCCUUGUCAAUAUGAGGGAUCCUCAGCGACCAGUAUGCAAGAUCGGUGAUCUAGGCCUGUCAAAGGUUAAACGGAGGACACUUGUUUCUGGAGGAGUACGAGGAACUAUACCAUGGAUGGCUCCUGAACUUCUGAAUGGUGAAAGCAUGGUGUCAGAAAAGGUUGAUGUCUACUCUUUUGGAAUUGUCAUGUGGGAACUCUUGACUGGCGAAGAACCUUAUUCAAAUAUGCGAGCAGAGGAAAUCAUAUGCGGUAUAAUUAAAGGCAGUUUGCGACCCGAAAUCCCAAACUGGUGCAAUCCAGCAUGGAGAUCCCUGAUGGAGAGGUGCUGGUUGUCUGAUCCAAAAGCGAGGCCUGCUUUCUCAGGCAUCGCAAAGGAGCUGAGGGCCAUGGCUUCGUCAAUGAACAUCAAGUGAUGACAACAGCCAGGGAAGUUCGUUUCUGCUUCACAGUAUGUAAAUACCAAAUGCCAAGUCGAGAACAAGACAUGUUGGGAUGUUUUUAGGCUUUCCAUCCAAUGUCGAAUCCAGUUUUGUUCACACGAGUACUAUGUUGUUCUGUUCUUUGUCCUGGUUCUGGAAGAGCCAAAGCUGGUGCAGGUGAAGAUUUUGUUUUUAUUAAAAUCCCACCUGCUUGGAACUAUGUUAUUCUGGAUUUUGUUGUUAUUGCAGCCAUGGAUGUUGUUUCCUUCUUGGUAGUAGUAUUUGAGUAAAGAACAGUUCCAAAACCUCCAUUGUAUUGAUCGCAAAUCAUAUAUGGCAAAUACUAUAAUAGGUCCAAGAAGAAUACAUGUUGCUAUCUUUUACAUAAAA